AUGGACUCGAGACCCAUCCCCCCCGAGUCGGGCAACAAACGCGCCAGAUCCCCUUCCGGCGACCACCAACAUACCACCGCCGCCAAAGUUCCCAAAACACAGUCAAACCACCUGCAAAUAAAUUAUCUCGCCCGUCAGUAUCCACAAAAUAUCCCCCUCGUCUCCCCAGAUGACACCCUCCCUUCCAUCCUCCGUCUCAUGAACGACUACGACGGGGUUCUCCAGCGACACGAAAGCAUCGCAGGCAAUCUAGGCGCAUGUCCCCUUGGGCCCAUCCUCGUCACCCGUUUCGAACGGCUAUUUGACGGUCCUCCCAAGGUGCUCAAGUCGCAUGGAAAGGAAGGAACAACAGUCUCCUGGCUUGAUGUGGUCGAAUUCGCAAAAAACAAACCUGAACAGUUUACCCUCGAAAAAACGCGCAACGGUGUCCCCGUCUGUCAGAUCUAUACCAAACAGAGUCGCGUGGAAAUUUCAGAGGAAGAUUACAUCCUGAUCAAGUCCGGUAUCCCUCAGAAGAUUAUUCCUCCUCAGCCCAUAGUUGAAGAUGAAGAGAAGGAGCUGGGCGCAUUAGAAAUAUUAGAGAAGAAUUUGUCCCAGAUCAUUAAUCUGGCUGAUCAAGUGUCAGCGCGUGCUAGACAAUUAAACCACAGAUUCAAGAACCGCAAGACUGCAAUCGUUACUAGGAGAGAGAACGAUUUAUCCCUCAGUGCUCAACAGCAAAGAUCCAUUAGUCCAUUCCGAGAAUCCAAUGGCAAUGUAAUGGGUACCAACACCCAUACUAGCAACGGCCAUUCGCAUCCUCACUCCCCCCCAGGUUUUGUCGCUGUUAAUUCCCGAUACGACCCCCCCCAGGAUGAUCCCAGCGUCCUAUCCGCAGCCCAGUUUAUGUUCCCCCAUUCCAGUACGGACAACAUCACCAUCAUCAACGGCACUUCAAUCAAAGGUGCCUCCCCAGCUACGCGUGCUGAAUUGAUGAAAAAGUUCUUCACAACUGCCGACCGUCACGCCCGCGGCUUUUCGGAUGAAGAAGAAGAAACAACAACGAAGACGACAGAAUGCCCCCCUCCCGCCCGCCAAACGUCACGUUCACGCCCCCGCGCCUCAGACCCGGGCGAGUAUAGCAGCAGCGGCUACGCAGGCGCCCCCGUCCCCAUCCCCAGUACUCCCUCAUCCCUCCUUCCUCAACCCAAGUCGUCGAACCACUACGAGCGGGAUGAUGGAGGGCCCUACAAGAUUGAAAUGGUUAGUCGCAUGGAGGGGCUACAGCGGGGUGAGCGCAUCUUGCCUCCCUGCGACCGCUGUCGGCGCCUACAGAUGGAUUGUCAUAAGAAUCUCACAGCGUGUAUGGGCUGUACGAAGAAACAUGCCAAGUGCUCGUGGAAGGAUGUUAAGCUUGAGGAACUUCGGAAUACGUACCCACGUAACAGCAAUAGGAGUGUGGGGAGCGGUGGCAGUGCGCGUGAAGGGCCAAUGGUGACAGAGACGGAUGCUGAUAGGAGUCUGGGGGGCACGGGGACGCCGGCGACUACUAUACCCGGUGUUGGCAUUGGUCCUAGUAUUACAGAUUCGAUGUCCAAUAAUAAUAGCAGCGCAAGUGGUCGCCCAGCGCGCAUCUGA